UCUAUAUCUCGGGUAUCAGCUAAUCCUCUGUGCAUCCUCCAAGUGGGAUAUUCUGUUCCUAAGUGUCACAUCAGCAUUCUCCAUUGUGACAUAAUCCUAUACUGCUGUGUCUUGGUUUCGGAAUCCGGGGAAGUACAUUUACCCCGUGUCGCCAUCGGAUAAAUGGAAGCGGCCGGCUUGUUGGAUGGGUUCAUUUUGUACCUUUCUCUGAGCAGCUUUCCCAAGUCUAAAGUAUGUGGUGUUACUACCUGUCCCUGGGAACCUUUGUGUUCGUGCUGCCAGUCUGUUGGGUGCACGUAGCAGAGACCAAGUCAGUAGGUACUGCCUGCCCUGCUAAUAGCUACUGGGGGUGUCUGAAGACCUGCAUGGAGAGCUGCGACAAACUCAACGACGUUAACCCCGUGUGCCCCGUAUUGUGCAAUUGGGGCUGUGAGUGUAAACCGGGGUACAUCUUGGAAUCGCAGUCGUCUAAAGUGUGCGUGCCGCUCAGCGACUGCAAUGUGGCCUGUCCCCUAAAUAUGCAUUUCCGGCCUUGCUCACUGCGCCCCCCAAUCACCUGCGAGCUGGUUAAUGCCACCCUGCCCGACCUGCCCUCCUGCAGCCCCCAGUGCUACUGCGAUGAAGGCUAUGCCUUUACUAGAGACCGGAAGAAGCCCUGUAUUCCCCUGGGAGAAUGUUCAAAGCAGCAAAAUGCAGCCCUGGACUAAUGGAGCUACAGGUUGUCAUUUCCCUAUGGGACCAAACUGUAAAUUAUAUCCUUAUAAAUGGUGCUUAGUGAUGUCAUCAGUUAUAAUCGGAGCUUAGUGAUGGCAUUUCUGUCACAUGACUCACUGAAACUUGUAUAUUAUAUUAAA